AUGGCCGGUCAAGCCGACAUCUCGAGCAUCCUGGCCGCUCUGGGUACGUGUUUCACCUCCCUCGACUCGAGUAUAGCUCGACUAACAAACAUUGCAGCUCAGCGCCCUGCCUCCAACCCUGCUCAACCUCAGCAACACCAAGGACCUCCUCCUGGUGGCAUGCCUCAAGGCUAUCCUCAGAACCUCGGUCCCGCCCAGAUUCCCACUCCUACACUCGCCGGCUUCCCUCUCCCGCAGCCAUCCAGCUCCGGCAGUGUCGACCUGAGCGCAAUUCGUCCCGUCAACACCGGCUCCGUCAGCAUUGCCGAAGCCAUUGCGAAGGCCAAGAGCAUCGCUGCUGAUCGCGGCAUCUCCUACGAUAACCGGCCCCAGCAACAAAUUCAUCAACAGCCCCCGCGCGGCGACCCUCGUCUCGCCGGCAGACAACCUUAUCAGCAGUCCAGAUCCCGCUCGCGCUCGCCUGCUCGUCGCGAUAACUUCCGCGGCAAUUUUAACCCCUACCGCGAUGAGCGCCGUGACGCAGAUCGCAGAGACCGUGGCUACAACAACAACCGUGACAGGUCCCAAUCUCCUGGCCCCCGUGGUGGAAGAGGAAACUUCUCGCCUGGCCCUGGCCCCCGCAACCCUCGCUCUCCUACUUCGCGCGCUGCUCCCACGGACAGUGAUACCAUUUCAGUCAAGUCCGCCCUCGUCGGUCUGAUCAUUGGUCGCAAUGGAGAGAAUCUGCGACGCGUCGAGUCCGAGAGCGGCGCUCGCGUCCAAUUUAUCCCAGCCAAGGAGCCCAAUGCUGUCAACCGUCAAUGCACCAUCUCUGGACCCCCACAAGCUCGCGAAAUCGCAAAGCAGGAGAUUUUCCGUGUCAUGGAUGAGAACGGUGGCAGCGUCCCUCCAGAGCGCGGUCCCGCUAUGGGCCGCCCUCAGCAGCCCAUGAUGCAACAAAGAGAUCAACAACCUGCUUUGCGCGAGGGCGAGAACAGUGUUCAAAUCAUGGUUCCCGACAAGACAGUCGGUCUCAUCAUCGGCCGCGGCGGCGAGACCAUCCGUGACUUGCAGGAGCGUAGUGGUUGUCAUGUCAACAUCGUCAGCGAGAACAAGAGCAUCAAUGGCAUGCGUCCUGUCAAUCUAAUCGGCUCGCCCGAAGCUGCUCGUAUCGCAAAGGAGAUGAUUCUUGAAAUCGUCGAGAGCGACGUCCGCNCCCCACCCGGCCAUCCUGGCCACCAACCUGCUCACCAGGACUCCCGAGGACCUGCACCCUUUGACCCUUACCGUGGAGGUAUGAGCAACGAGCGUCCUGGGAACGACAAGAUUACCGAAGAGAUCUACGUGCCGUCAGAGGCAGUUGGUAUGAUCAUCGGCAAAGGCGGCGAAACUAUCAAGGAAAUGCAAGCCACCACUGGAUGCAAAAUCAACGUCGGCCAACCCGAACAGCCCGACGUUCAGCGCCGCAUAGGUUUGGUAGGUAGCCGCUCUGCCAUUGACGAGGCAAAGGGCGCCAUCUGGGAAAAGGUCGAUACUGUGGUAAGUGUCAAGUGCAAGCUGUAG